UGAUAUUUGGCGAGUGUCAGUUUAUUGAUACUCAGACACAAAUUAAUGCUUAUAUAUAUAACAAGGAUGCUUCAUGAUAAGUGAAGAGUUAGUAUAGAUGACGUUCUAUUUAGAAGUAUAUCAAGGAAGUAUAGUUAGUUAGAUAUGAAUCUCUUUUAUAUAUUUUACCUUUAUAAGAUAAAAAAAGAAACAUAAACUUGUCACAUCAUUUGAUACUUGGCGAGGGUUUAGAUUACUGACGCCCAUUCACAAAUUCGUAUAUAGUGUUAUAUAUUAGAAGUAUAUCAAGGAAUCAUGGUUGAAACUGAAUGUUCUCUUAUAUAUUACCUUUUUAAGAUAGAAAAGGAAAAAUAAACUUGCCACGUCAUUUGAUUUUUUAUGAGUACUAGAUAGUUGAUAUCGUACACAAGUUUGUAAUGAUGAGGAUGCUCUAUGAUAACUGAUGAGUUACUAUAGAUGAUAUUUUGUUUAUAAGUAUAUCAAGAAAGUUAGAAAUGAAAAAUCCGUUAUAUAUUACCUUUUUAAGACAAUGGAGGGAAAAAAUAAAUUUGUCACGUCAUUUGAUAUUUGGGGAAUGUUAAAUUAUUGAUACCGUACACAAGUUCGUACUUAUAUAACGAGUAUGCUUUAUGAUAAGUGAUGAGUUAGUACAAAUGGUAUUCUAUUUAGACAUAUAUCAAGGAAUCAUAUAGUUGGUUAGAAAUGGAAGGUCUCCGAUGUUUUACCUUUUUGAACUAAAAAAGAGGAAAUAAACUUUUCACUGUUAUUUGAUAUUUGGCGAGUGGUAGAUAUUGAAACUUGUAUAUCAGUCCAUACUUAUAUAACGACACAUUAUGAUAAGUGAUUAAGUUAGCACAAAUGGCGUUCUAGAAGUAUAUCAAAGAAUCAUAGUUAGUUAGAAAUGAAAGCUCUGUUAUGUGUUUAUCUUUCUAAGAUGAAAAAGGAGAAAUAAACUUGUCGCGUUAUUUGAUAUUUGGCAAGAGUAAGAUUACUGACACUCGUAUAUCAAUUCGUACUUAUAUAACACCGGUUCUUUAUGAUAAGUGAUGACUUAGUGUAGAUGAGAUAUUAUUAGAAGUAUAUCAAUGAAUCACACUCAGUUAGAAAUGUAAGUUCUCUUAUAAAUAUUUUACCUUUUUAAGAUAAAAAAGAGAAAAUAAACUUUAACACGUUCAAUUUUAACGAAUACUAAGUAAGUAAUACCGUAUACAAGUUCGUACGUGUAUAAUGAAGAUGCUUUAUAAUAAGUGAUGAAUUAGUACGUACUGUGUACUAUUCACAGGUAGAAGGGAGCAUAGGGUUUGAAAUGGAUUUGGAAUAAUAUAUUUAACAUUAAAUUAAUUGAUCAAUUUAUUAAACAUUAAACAAUUUUUUAACUUCGAAGAAUUCCACGUCAAUGAAAAAUGGAUGGUUAAUCUCCUUAUAUUGGAGACGAACUUAGGUUUUAAGGAUGACGGAGACGCCACUUGAAGGGGUUGUAUGUUAAUUGAGGAAGUUUUACAUGAUCCUUUUUUAGGUAUAGAUAUACCAAUUUUUUUGAAGUUAACGUUGCACGUGCACCCCUAUCCUUCCACUUGAGUCUGUCUCUAAAAUCAAUAGACCCUAUGAUUAAGUUAUUGAAGUUCUCUAAAGUGAGCUUGCAUAGAAUUCAAGUUGUACAUAAACAUCUCCCUAAUAUCGAUGUUUAUUUCAAUUGAUUUUAAUUGUUAUAGUGAAACUAUUACUAUAGAGCAUAUAACAUAACAUGACAUAAAUUAUGUAUUCAGCAAUAAACAUGGCUAUGAUAGUAAAUGUUAUUAUAAAGAAUGUCUAUUAUAAAAAGGUCUGAUCAGAAUUUUACAUCAUUAAGUCAACUUUUUGAAACCACUUAGUCAUUUAUUUCUUAGAUUAGGAAAAAUGUCAUAAUUAUAAAUUCUACAAUUUAAAAAGGUUUAACUAUAGAUAAUAACAAUAACAGUAUUAUAUUAAUUAUAAUUUCAUAAAUGAAAUCUAGGUAAGGUAGUGUGAAUAUGGUCUUAUCCUAUCUUAUUACUUCCUCCAUUUUAAUUUUUUUUAAUUAUUGACUUGACACAUAUUCUAAAAAAUAAUAAAUAACAUGAUUAGUUUUACUAUGUUACUCUUUGAAUAUAAUAAAUUUAAUAUUUUAAAAAAUGCAUUGGAUAUAAUUAACCGUAUAGAUAAUUAUCCACUAAUUUUUCAAACUGUAUAAAAAUUAGUCAAUAUCUUUCUUUAGUAAUAUGAACAAGUAAAUAUGGACAAAAGAUGCACGAAGAUAAAGAGAGCUUUUACCAUAAAUUAUUGAGCAAAGAAAAUUAUUUAGAGUAACAAUACAACAACAACAACAAAAAUAACAUAUUUAGUUUAUUCUCACAAAGUAGAAAUCCGAUGAGGGUAAAGGAUAUGUGUAUCACUGUUUCAAAGAUAAGGUAAGGAGACCAUUUUCAAAAGAUUAAAAUAACAUCACAAAACAUAAAAAGGAAAGUAGCAUUUAAGACCUUUUACCAUAAAUCCUCAUCCCAAAAGAAAUUAUUUGAAGUAACAAUACAACAACAACAAUAAAUCCAUUUUAUUUCUACAAAAUAGGAUUCGAAAAGAAUAAAAUAUAUGCAGUUCAUAACACUUCCUCAUAGAUGAGAUAGGAAGACUGUUUCCGAAAGAUUAAAGUAACAAUACACAUAACAUAAAAAUGAAAGUACCAUUUAACACCUUUUAUCAUAAAUCUCGAUCCAAAAAAAAUAUUUAAAAUAACCGUACAACAAAAAGAGUAAUAAUAUACCCAGUUUAUUUCUAUAAAGUGAAAAUUCGGGGAGGAUAAAAUGUAUACAUUUGGUAUCACUGCUUCGAAAGUGAGAUAGGGAGACUGUUUCAAAAAAAUUUAAGUAACAAUACAAAUAGCAUAUAAAAGAAAGUAGCAUUUAGGAUUAAAGUUUUAUCUUUGCAACUUCUACCUAUUCAAUAAAUAAAUCCAAGAAAAGAAUAAAUGAAAGAAGCGUUACAAAUUGCAACUUUGCCUCUUUUAGCGGUAAAGAUUGUCAUCAUUCUAUUUCCCUACCUGUAAGUCCCGUACUUAUUCAAGUACCAUAACUCUCUUACUUAACUCACCAUUUAUAAUUAUUGCAAAGUGCCAAAAUUAUUAUUUAAAAAAUGUUCAUUUUGCUUUAGUUGAGAAGUUGAAGUAAAUAAAUAUAGCUGAUUUCUUAUCUUAAUUUUGUCUUAGUUGAGGUCAUUUUUUCGGUAAAGUCUUGCCUUUUUAGCCUCUUUGUCCCCUCUCUUUCCCACACUCCCCCACACACCCUAUCCCGUAAAGAUUUUUUUACUUUGUUAAUUUUAAAUUCUUGAAUUUAACCUUGAAAAUAUUGAUAUCCAGAACUUAUAAUUUUUCUUCUCUUAUCCCUUUUUUUUAAAAACAAAAAAAGCAAAAGAAAAAAAAACAAUUCUAAUACCACAUUCAAUUAUUAAAAUAUGUAGUUAUCUCAUCUAAAAGCUUAGUAUUUGAGAUUGGAAGAACAAAUAAUUCUCAUGGACGAUCAAACUUAUGAUAAACAUUGAUAUGCAAAAAAAUAUUAUUAAAAUAUUCAACCUCAAUAUUUCUUUCAACUAUAAAUAGAGCUGUUUGAAAUUCUUUCACUAUACAAUCAUCCUAUCACUUUUCUCUUUCUCUCUCAAAACCCCUUUUGUUGUUUUAAUAUUUUUCAUUCUCAUGGAGAUUGAUUCAACAAAUCAAGAAAAUGUUGGAGCUUCCACCAAUUGGUGCGACAAGCUUAAAGAUUUUCCAAGAAAAUUCAAAAUGAAAGUCGAAAAAAUUUUCAAGAACAUAAAGCAAAUUGGCGAAGAUGAUCCACGAAAAUUUUGGCAUGCAUUCAAAGUAGGAAUAGCUUUGACGUUGGUCUCAAUGUUUUACUACUCAAGACCAAUGUAUCAGAGCUUUGAUGAACAAACAAUGUGGAUUGUGCUCACUGUGUUGGUUGCUUUUGAAUUCACUGCAGGUGCCACUAUAUCAAAGAGUAUGAACAGAGAAUUUGGUACUGCACUAGCUGGUGCAUUUGGUCUUGGAGCUAAAUAUUUAGCUGAAUUGAGUGGGAAAGAAGGGCCAGAUCCUAUAAUUCUUGGGAUUUUGAUUUUCAUUGUAGGUACUUUAGGUACAUUUACAAGAUUUUACCCUCAUAUUAAGAAAAAGUAUGACUAUGGAACUGUGAUAUUUGUCUUGACUUUCAGCUUAGUCGUUGUCUCUAGUUAUCGAAUAGAAGAUAUACUUCAAUUUGCUCAACGACGGAUAACCACCAUUCUUAUUGGUGUCUCCACUGUCAUGGUCAUCUCCAUGGUUGUCCAUCCGGUGUGGGCGGGAGAAGACCUUGUUAAGCUUGUUAGUGUCAAUCUUGAAAAGCUAGCAAACUCCUUAGAAGGUUUGUUUUGAGUUUAUUUGAUUUUUUUCUUUUAAGUUGUUCGAAAAAAUAAUUUACUUUUUAAUUUAAAGAAUGUAAACACAUAAUUUUAUCCCGUCAAAAAUAUUUCUUAUUCCAAUAUCACACAAUUUAACCUUAUUUUUAUAAUUUUUCGCAAGAAAAUAAAUAUCCACCUCAUCUUUUAGUCAUUUAUGUAUUUAUUUUUGUUUUUAUUUUGUUUUAUCCAAAUAACAAGUCAUAACAAACUUUGUCUCAUUCUAAUAUUCCGACAACCCACCCAAGAAAAAAUGAACACCUAACCUCUACCCCUCCAAUUAAAAAACAACACCUCACCUCUCACCUAAACACCUCAUACCCCUACCCUCACCCCUAACCCACGUGACCUUACUCUUUUUCUUGGCCACAAAGAAAUACACAAUAUACAUAUACACUGACGGGGACCCAAAUAGGGAAAUAAUUUCCAUAGAUAGAGAAUAUACACACAGAAAUCCUCUCCCAUUCUUGAACAACAACAACACAGCAACACAAAAUCCACCUUCUUCACUGACCCUCUAAAAGAUUCCUCACACCAAUCCUCCACUGUUUUUAAUUUUUACUCUACACACACACUGAGAGAUUGGAGUGAGAGACGAAGGGAGAUCUAUGAAAGAGUGAGAAAUGUGAGAGAAAAACAAUAAAGAUCUGAGUUUGAGUGGGAGAGAGAAGAGAAAACCAUGCGAGAGAGGGUGUAAAAUAUGAAAGCUGAAAAAAGAGGAGAUCGGAGAUAACAGUUUUGGCGAGCUCACGCCGAAAACUCGCCAGUAAAUCACCAAAAACCCGACCCCGUCCCUUUUCUGGCGAACGCUUAACGAAAAUCCAUCAGAAACCGCUGGGAAACCACCGAACUGAAUCAACUAGUCCCGAUUUCAGCGAGAUCUGCCGAAAAAGGAACGGAGCAAUGACAGGGACUGCCGGUUCGAGUAUGGGUAUCUCGUUAUUUCUUGAUUUCAAUUCGGGAUGUCAAAAAUAGAAUGAAAAAGGCACAUCGAGAUUGGUUUGUUCAUUGUUGAGGUUUGAUUCGAGGUUUUGAAUGCGGUUCUAUUCGGAAGGACUAUCUCCCGUUGAAAUAAAAUUGAGGUCCAAUUUUCUACUCUAUUUCUUCCUAUUUUUAUUUUAAUGUGAUGUUCAUGUUAUGAUUUGCAUGAUUCGUGUGGUUGAUGCGUUUGAUAAGGUGGUUAAACAAUUUUAUUUUUCGUGAUUUGUUGUUGACUUUGUAUGAAAAUUGAAUAAUCAUAUGGGUGGAAAGAAAUUUUGGGAGGCAGAAUUGAAAUAUGAUAAAAAAUGAAUAUUGAUUAUUUUGAUUCGUUGACAAUUUUUAAAUUCAGAAUAAGUAUUGAUGUCGUUAAAUGCAAUAGUAUCAUAAUAGGUUGAAAUUUGGUAGGCAAACGGUAUGUCGGGUAAGCAAAUCUAGGAAUUGUGAAUUGUUGGAUGAUUUGAAACGAUUGUUGAAUGAUUUGGUUUUCUAGCACUGAAAAAAUGUAUUCAUUUAGCCGGGGAAUGCUCCGAGGCUCAUUGUAUUUAUUCACCGGGGAAUGCCCCGAUGUAUUAUGUUGGCGGAGGAUGUUAGUGAUCAAGACCCUAGGCAUCGGGUAAAGCACGGGAGCAUAGUUCAGGAUUAGUGUAGUUUAAAAUAGGAUUUAUUUUUCCGCAUUUUUAUUUUGGGACUGUAUAAUUGGAAUGAACACUAUAUUUUGAAUUUGUUUUGAUUCGUGUGUUUGAUUGAUUGUUAUAUGUGUUUUUGUGCA